AUGGACACACAACAACAAAAAGUGGGGGUUAAUAAACAAUUUUUACAACAGUUGGAAUCUAUUUCAACUAUCCUAUUCCCACAUUGGAGAACAAAAGAAACCUUUUUACUCAUUCUACAUUCAAUAUUCCUCGUUUUGAGAACAUAUUUAAGUGUAGUCGUUGCUAGAUUGGAUGGUAGAAUAGUAAAAGAUUUAGUCAAUGGUCAUGGUAAACGAUUCUUGCAAGGGCUACUUUAUUGGUUUGCUAUUGCUAUACCCGCAACUUAUACAAAUAGCAUGAUUCGUUACUUUCAAUCAAAACUGUCAAUCGGAUUCAGAACUCGGUUGACAAACUACAUUCAUGACUUAUAUCUUGAUAAUCAAAAGACAUUUUAUAAAGUACUCAACUUGGAUAAUCGAAUCCAAGGUGCAGACCAAUUCAUUACGACAGACGUAGCCCGAUUUUGUGAAACCCUAUCUUCUCUUUAUUCUAAUCUUGCUAAACCUAUUCUUGAUACCAUCAUCUUCAAUUACCAACUAACCAAAUCCAUCGGUUUCGCUGGAUUCGUCGGACUUACUCUCAACUAUAUCAUCACUGCAAGAUUAUUAAGGGCAGUAACUCCUUCUUUCGGUAAAUUGGCUGCCAUUGAAGCCAAACUAGAGGGAGAUUUUCGUGCUGCCCAUACCCGUUUGAUCACUAAUGCCGAAGAAAUCGCGUUUUAUAAUGGCGCAGAAUUAGAACACUCGAUUUUAAACAAGACCUAUCUUAAAUUGAUCAAGCAUAUUAACUCAAUCUUCAAAAUUCGUAUCGGAUACAACAUGUUUGAGGACUUUUUGAUUAAAUACUCUUGGAGUGCUUUCGGCUUAAUCAUGUGUGCCAUCCCCGUAUUUACCCCUCAUCUCGUCAGUGAUCAACCAUCCGAAGCUGCCGAUGGGGAUCAAGUUGGAUCUAGAACUAAGGGAUUUAUCACCAACAAACGACUCAUGAUGUCUUUGGCUGAUGCAGGCGGACGUAUGAUGUACUCGUACAAAGAAUUGGCAGAAUUAGCCGGUUACACUUCUCGGGUUUAUAACCUUCUCUCUGUCCUUCACGCCUUACGCAAAGAUCAAUAUGAUAGUCCUGAUGAAAAGUACUCGCUUGCCCGUAUUCGUGGUAGAAUUAUGUAUGAUAAUAGUAUCCAGUUCGACCAUGUACCUAUCAUUACACCUGCUCCUGGACGUGUUGGUGAACUUUUAGUUAAAGAUUUGAACAUUCAAAUGAGACCCGGUGAGCAUCUAUUGAUCACGGGCCCAAAUGGUGUCGGAAAGACGGCUGUGGCACGAGUGAUUGCUUCUUUAUGGCCUGUGUUUGAGGGAACACUCACUAGACCUACGGAUCGUGAUAUAUUCUAUAUACCUCAAAAGCCUUAUUUGAGUCUUGGUACAUUAAGAGAUCAAGUUAUUUACCCUCAUACAAAAGAACAAAUGAUCCAGGCAGGACGCACGGAUGAUGAACUUUUGGAUAUCUUAAAGAUUGUUCAUUUAGCUUAUAUCCCUGAUAGAGAAGGUGGUUGGGAAACAGUGAAGGAAUGGAAGGACGUAUUCUCUGGAGGUGAAAAGCAAAGAAUCGGCAUGGCUCGUUUGUUUUACCAUCAUCCCAAGUUUGCAGUAUUAGACGAGUGUACAAGUGCGGUCUCAACCGAUGUAGAAGGCCUCAUGUAUAAUCAUGCUAAAGAUAUGGGCAUCACACUCUUGACAAUUUCUCAUCGUCCAGCAUUAUUCAAAUACCACAGGUUCCUAUUACGUCUGACAGGAAACAAUGGUGAAUGGGAGUGGGAAACGAUUGGCACUAAGGAACAACUGCAGUCUGUUGAAAAGGAAAUGGCUAGUUUACAAGAAAAGUUGAACCAAGUGGAUCAAUUAAAGGCGAGAUUAAUAGAAAUUGAUAGAGAGCUUGCCCUUAAAAUUUAA